AUGGUUUCUCAUCGUGUUUUUGGUCCUCGCAGGAUGUGGCAGUCCAUCACCAUUACCCUGGUGGAGAAGGUGCAGAUCAUUGCGGUGUUCCUGGGCUCUCUCUUCCUUGUAGCCAGCAUCUCCUGGCUGCUCUGGUCGGCGCUCAGCCCUCAGGCCAAAUGGCAGCGUCAGGAUGUCCUCUUCCAGAUCUGCUACGGCAUGUAUGGCUUCAUGGACCUGGUCUGUGUAGGCUUGAUCAUCCACGAGGGGGCAGCAGUGUACAACGUGUUUAUGCGCUGGCGAGCAGUGAACCUCCACUGGGAUGUUCAAAGCUAUGACAAGACCAAGGACAUGGAGGAGACGAGCACUGGUCACUCUUCGCUGGCCCCCAGGACACUUUGGUUACCUUUGGCCACUUUUGGGCCCAGCGGCCCCUUACACCCGACCCAGCUGGGAUCACAUCCGUGGACUUGCCUGUGUUUGGCACCCUUUUGCCACAGAAUGGUACCCCGAAACAACCUCAGCCAGGACAGUGAUUCGGGAGAGGUUGUCAUUCGUGUGACAUCGGUAUAAACUCCAAGCAGUAUUUGUGCAGAGACGAAGCAUCUGACAGGUUACAUCUGGUAGUUACAGUCUGAGCUGUGCUGCAAAGUUGGUUUUUUUGCAGAUUCUUUCUGUGACUUAAUACUUUUAAUUAUUUGAACUGUGUGUGCUGUCUGGGGCUGGUCCUCAAACCAAUCUAAUACCUUCAGUAACUCA